AUGGCCGCUGACCUAGCCAAUCACGAAGCUGUCUACGCGACAGACGAGUAUGGACGCCCUUUUAUCAUCUUGCGUGAGCAAGCAAAGAAAACGCGUAGCCAUGGAAUCGAGGCCAUCAAGUCACAUAUCCUAGCUGCGCGUACCGUCGCCAAUAUUGUGCGGACAUCGUUGGGACCAAGAGGUCUCGACAAGAUCCUCAUAUCGCCUGAUGGUGAAAUCACCAUCACAAACGACGGCGCCACCAUCCUCGGCCAGAUGGAGGUCGAGCAUCAGAUUGCCAAGCUACUCGUACAACUCUCAAAGAGUCAAGAUGACGAGAUUGGAGACGGAACGACUGGCGUCGUCGUACUUGCUGGUGCCCUGCUAGAGCAGAGUGAAGAGCUAUUAGAUCGUGGACUGCAUCCUAUGCGGAUAGCGGAUGGAUUCGAGCGAGCUUGCGCGGUCGCUGUCAACCAUUUGGAAAGCAUCUCCGACCGCAUAGAAUACACCAAGGAGAACAGUGGGAACCUCCUCAAAGCAGCCAUGACGAGUCUAGGAUCCAAAAUCGUGUCCAAGGCACAUCAAAAGUUUGCAGAGAUUGCUGUCGACGCAGUACUAACGGUAGCAGACAUGGAACGACGGGAUGUGCCGUUUGAUCUAAUCAAAGUCGACGGCAAAGUGGGUGGCGGACUCGAAGACACGACGCUCAUCAAGGGUGUACUCCUCGACAAGGACAUGUCACAUCCGCAAAUGCCACGUACCGUCCACGAUGCCAAGCUUGCCAUCCUCACCUGUCCAUUUGAACCACCGCGGCCAAAGACAAAGCACAAGCUUGACAUUACGUCGGUAGAAGAGUACAACAAGCUCAAAGAGUAUGAAAAGGAAAAGUUUGCAGACAUGAUCAAGAUGGUCAAGGACGCUGGUGCAAAUCUGGUCAUUUGCCAAUGGGGAUUCGACGACGAAGCAAAUCACUUGUUGAUGCAAAAUGACCUACCUGCCGUACGAUGGGUCGGUGGGCCAGAGAUUGAGUUGAUUGCCAUCGCCACCAAUGGUCGUAUUGUGCCUCGCUUCGAAGACUUGUCAUCAGAAAAGCUCGGCAGGGCCGGUGUCGUGCGGGAAAUCUCGUUUGGAACUACACGGGACAAGAUGAUGGUCAUCGAAGAGUGUGCAAACACACGCGCUGUCACCAUUUUCGUCCGUGGUAGCAACAAGAUGAUUGUCGAUGAAGCAAAGCGCGCACUUCAUGAUGCGUUGUGCGUUGUGCGAAACUUGGUUGUGGAUAAUCGUGUCGUAUACGGUGGUGGAUCUGCAGAGAUAAGUUGUUCCCUUGCGGUGGCAAAAGCAGCCGACGAGAUACCAAGUAUCGAACAGUACGCCAUGCGUGCAUUCUCUGCUGCUCUUGACGCUGUUCCACUCGCCUUGGCGGAGAACAGCGGUUUACCACCCAUCGAGACGCUCGCGAAUAUCAAGAGUCAACAAGUCACGCAAAAGAGUUCGCGACUUGGUGUCGAUUGCGUUGGGCGAGGGCACAAUGAUAUGAAGGAGCAGUAUGUCUAUGACCCUCUCAUCUCGAAACGCCAGCAGUACCUUCUCGCCACUCAGCUUGUCCGAGCCGUGCUCAAAAUUGACGAUGUAAUCAUGUCGGGCCCGUCGGACGAGUAA